GUUGCUCAUGGAACGACGAGAGAGACAAAAUGCGAUGUUGAAGAUCUGUACUCUUAGUCAUGAAAAAACAAAGAAUACUAAUUGUUGAGAGUUGACAAGGGAGCGACAUAUUCGGACUGUUCGACAGAGGAAAGGCGUCGUUCGAGGACCAAAUUUGUCGCGCAAGGGAGGAGAACGAGCGACAGCAACAGGAAUCUUUUCCCAAUACUCAAAUUGUGUUGACCAUCCAAGCUGCUGACUAGGGGGAGCUUGGUGAUUCCACAGGCCCCCCACGUUAAAGAGGAGGAAGAGGAGGUUAACGUGAGCGAGUUGCCACUGACUGUUGUCGUCGUAAAGAGCGAAGACGAAAAAGAUGAGCCACCUGAGUUGUCACAGCUUCAUCAUCACAGUCCAAGUGAAGACGACCGUGGAGGACCACCAGCAGACAUCUUAGCUCCACCGUCAGACGGCGACGACACAGAAGAGAUGACUGAUACAGACUGCGAAGGUGACGACAGUGGCUUGAAAUUCUCUGAGCGGACUUUUGACAAGAAGACUUGUCAAAUGCGCAGGAGACGUGACUCAUGUAAAGGUUUGCGCUGCUCUUUUUGUGGUCAAAGAUUUCCUUAUGAGAGUACUUUGAAAAUACACAUGCAGAAACACACUGUAGAAAAACCAUUUAGUUGUUCCCUUUGUGGCGAAAGCUACUCUUAUAGGUACAAUUUGAACGUACACAUGAAAAAACACCCCGGAGAAAAACCCUUUAGUUGCCCAGUUUGUGGUGAAUCAUUCGUUCUCAAGUUGAAUAUGGUUGCACACAUGAGAACACACACAAAAGAAAAACGGUACACUUGCGCCGUUUGUGAUAAAAGCUUUUCUUCCAAGUCUGAUUUGAAUAGACACAUGAGGACACACACUGGAGAAAAACCCUUCACUUGCGUCAUUUGUAACAAAAGCUUUUCUUAUCAGUCUGAUUUGAAUAGACACAUGAGGGCACACAAAGGAGAAAAACCCUUUGGUUGCUCAGUUUGUGGUAAAAGUUUUACUACGAGGCAGAAUUUGACCGUACACACAUGGACACAUAACGGACAAAAUCCUUUUAGUUGUUCCAUUUGUGGUGUUACAUUUGCUCAGAAGGUCGCUUUGAUUGCACACACAGCAACGCACACCGGAGAAAAACCUUUCACGUGCUCAGUUUGUGGUAAAAGCUUUUCUUAUAAGUACAGUUUGACUUCACACAUGCGGAAACAUACUGGAGAAAAACCUUUUAGUUGUUCAGUGUGUUGCAAAAGCUUUUCUUAUAAGCACAUUUUGACUUCACACAUGCGAAAACACACGGGAGAGAAACCUUUUAGUUGUUCAGUUUGUAGUAAAAGGUUUUCUUAUAAACAGAGUUUGACUGCACACAUGCUGACACACAAUGGACAAUAAAUGUUUUCCUGUGCUAAAACUUUGCUUUUACACAUCAGCUGCCUUUUCAGUCAUCUAAAGACCUUUUAAAAAUGAGAAAAAUAUGACCCAACCAUGAAUAAAUGUCAAUUGUAUAUAUUAACAUUUGUAAGUUCAAUGUUUUGGGCUUUUUAGUGGAGGAUAAAAGAACUUCUUAAAGAUGAAGUAACAGGUCUGUGAGAAACACAGUUCUUGCUGGCUGGUAGGUGUCCAAAUAUUUAUAUUCUGCAGUAAUAUACAAAUAAAUUAUAUUAAAAAAAUCCUACAAUGUCAGUUCCUGGAUUUUUUCCCCCUUCACAUUCUGUCUCCCAGUUGAAGUGUACCUAUGAUGAAAUUUACAGAUCUAUUUCAUCUUUUUAAGUCGGGCAACUUGCACAAUCGGUGACUGUCCAAAUACUUUUCCCCAAUCUAUGGACAUAUUUCUAAAUCUGAAUAACUGUAUGUAUGUUAUAAUAUAUAAUUGUGUAUUAAAGUGUGAUGCCUGACUUAUUUUCAUUGCUCC